AUGGAGGUGGCCGGGCACCGGGCCGGGGCUGUGCCGCCGCUUCUUUUCGAUGGCCGGGACGCGCACAGACGUGGGGAUGGCCCAGCUAGAUGGGUGCGUGGAUCUGCCCUCCUAACGUUAUGGCUGACCCGUGUACCCACCAGAGACCCAGUUGCGAACGAGGCGUGGGCGGGGCUGGCGGCGGCGAUCCGGGCGCGGAGACGGGACGCGGUUGUGCGGGUGCUGAGUGCGACGGCGAACGGCUGCCUGCACGAGCUGGGCUACGCACCCGGCAUGCGCGAAAAGCUGGCCUAUUUCGCCUCUUCCCCUGCCUCUUCGCCGUCGAUUCCGUCUUCUUCUGUUCUCUACCAACAGCAUCAACAGCAGCAGCAGCAUCUACGACGGAGAUCGGACGGACAUAGCGUCCAGUUCGCCUCUUCCCCCGCUUCUUCACCGUCGAUUCCGUCCCCUUCUGUUCCCUACCCGCAGCAGCAGCUUGCACAACAACAACAACUGCUCCAACAGCAACAGCAUUUACAGAGAAGAUCAGACGGACAUAGCGUCCAGUUCGCCUCCCCCGCGUCUUCACCAUCGAUCCCAUCCCCUUCUGUUGUUCUCUACCCGCAACAGCCGGCACAGAUAUAUAACAACCACGGGCGGGUGCAGCAGCUUCAGUAUCCUCCCCAGCACCAACUCCAACAACACCCGCCGCUCCGCAUAGCAACCAGCAGCCCCCAGACCGCGUUCCUCCCACCCGCCAUCAGCCGUCUUUCGCAGCAACAACAAGGACAAACACAGUCGCCCUCGCCAACAGCAAUGCUGCAAGGCAUGUUCGCCAGCCCCGUCGCGCUGAUCCCGCAGCGGCCGAGUCAGCCGUCGAUUGCGGGUGCGUUGGGGCCGGUGGCGGUUGACGCGGCGCAGGUUCAGGCACUGCAACAACAACAAGUGCAAAUACCACAACAAGUGCAGAUCCCGAUGGCACAACAACAGGUGCAAAUUCCGAUACAGCAGCAGGUAGAAAUACCACAUCAACAGCGGCCGGAGCCGGUCCGGAUCCCGGUGCGCCCGCCGUCUGCGCCCGGGCAGGUCCAGGUGCGAGUGCAAGUACAACCGCAACCGCAGCCGAUGCCGAUGCCGGUGCCACGAGUAUUACCUCGAACCCAACCGCCAGAAAUACCACCCCAACUCCAAUCUCCACACCAACCACCCCCGCUUGCGAUCGACGGGCUCCCGUCCCGGGCCGAGACGAUGGAGCGUAACGCGUCGUUGCCUGCAGUCAGUGGCGGGGAGGCGUUGCCGUUGCCAGUGGUGGAGACAGAGCGGGAAGGCGAGACGGCCGAUCUUGCUAUUCGGGGGCGCGGAGAUGAGGGAGAGGUGCAAUCGGUUGAAACAGCGCAGUUAGAGGGAGCACCGCAAACACUCGCGCAAAUUCCGCAGCAGCAAUUGCAGGACCAGGUACAGCAACAGCAGGAACAAGAAACGCCGAUGGGGCCGGGGCUGGGGCGACCCCCGUCUGUGUCCGCUCAGGCACAAGUGCAAAUACAGCCACAACCACAACUACAACCGCGACCUCAUCCGCAAGCGAUGCUACCAGUACAAGCCCAAGUUCACGUCCAAACGCCGACACAAUCGGCACCAGUCGACGUGCGACCGAGCAGGCUGGGAUCUAAUGGUACCACCACAGAUCCUCUCCAGCAACACAUCCCUUCGCCCCAGUCCGACGAUCUGCCGCAACCUGGACCACUUUCUGCGCCGGGAUCGGCCGGGCCGGGAACGCCGCCGCCGACAACGACUUCCCCGCCGCCAACGACGACGGGGUCGCUGAAAGCGCACGAGUGUGGAUCUGGAGCGGGAUAUUGA